GGGCAAGGGGGCAGGAGAGGAGCCGGCGCCCUUGGCAGAGGAGGCGAGGCGGCCGGAUGGAGGCUGCGGUGCCGGAGCGAGCAGGCGACAGCUGAGCGCUGUGGGGAAGCCGGGCCGGAUCCGGAGCGGGGCUUUGCCCCGGGCUCAGCCGACAGGGGCUUGCCCGGUUGCUCUGUGCCGGUGCCUGGUCCGCCCCGAGGCGGCUCGGAGGAAGGCGCGGGGACCCAGCGACACCCGAGAUGACCCAGCCCAGCGAUGUCCCCACACAGGCUCCCACUGCCAGCAGCUCCAUGGACAGCAAUGUGGUGGCCAUCGUCAUCGCCGCAACGGUCUCUACGUCCGUGUUCAUAGUGGCCGUUCUGGUGCUGCUGCUGCUCUUGUACCACCGGGACCCCCUGUGCUGCCAGUUCCUCUGCUCCUGCCGCUUCUUCCAGAGUCCCAGCCAGUGUGACUACCCGCCUUCAUACUUCAACAGCAACCAGCGGCUGGUGGGACCCCAGUGUGGUGCCCAGCGGCUGGAGAGUGCCGUGGAGAAUCCCGGGGUGCAGGGUGACGAGCUGUUCUGCGUGGGAUCCCCCAGCAGCUACCAGCUCCCUGCCUGGGACCAGCCACGCCUGCCUAGCUAUGAGAGUGUGCGCAAGAAAGAUCGCCAGCGGGAGAUUCACCAGAUGAUUGCCGAGAGGUUUGGGCUGUGGGCAGACCCUGCCCAGGAGAUGCCCCCUCCCUACGAGCAGGCCCUCCGGCACCCCCCAGCUUUGCCAGGAAGUGAGGCUGGCUCUGAAUUAACAGACAGACACAGCUUGGCAGACAUAUUCCAGGUCUCAGUCAGCUACCAACCGCAACGCAAUACAGCCGUGUAAAGCUGGAGUCAGCCUUGGUAGCGCUUUUUCCUGCUGUAGCAGCAACGGUGGCACUGUGACAUUGCUCCCUCCUGCAGGGCAAUGUCGACCCUCAGGCCUUCACCCAGACCCAAAACAGCUGAGAAACAAGCGUGCAAACCAGACCAAACCAGCAGAGACCUCCAACUAAUUUUCUUUCCAUCUACCCUUGCUCUUGGAAAGGUGGUAUGACCCUAGGGGAUUUCAACACAGCAAUCUCUGCUCCAGAAACUAUGGAACAAGCCACUGUGGACUGCUGCUCCCUCCUUGCUCUAUUGACUUUAUCUUGACCACAGCCAGUAGAAUGAUCCCCAGCCACUAUCUCUAUGUUCAAGGGGUUAAAGCACAGAGGAUGGUCUACUUGGUCAAAGAAAAUUCAUGGAGGAACAGCAGGCAGCUCUUCUACUGUGUCCCAUACACCUCUGUGGCAGGUAUUGCCCAACACUGAAAGUAUUAAGACCUCAGAAGCUGGAUGAUUUAUCUCAUCUGUUUAUUACGUUGUAAAAACAAUCAAGUUAGCAGGUACCAGGGUCAGAGGCCCAAUUUGCCACUGAAGAAUCAGCACCGCAACUGCUACUGUCAAACCUCUGCUUUGUGCCCCACACACGCACAUUCCUGCGGGAUUUAAAAAUGCUGCGUAGAGAAAGUCUCGUCUCCAUUGACAAGGUAAAGGUUCAGCAAGGGUCAGGAUCAUUCUGGGAACCCCGUAAGCAAGGACAGAGACCGGCCUAAUCUGGGUGUCCCAGAACACAGAAACAAACGGGUAACAGGUAGCCUCCAUGAAGGUGCAAGGGCAGAACACAGGCAGAUCAAGACCUGUGUUUACUCAGUUCCCCUCUACAAGGAGAAGAGUCUUAGUUUCCUUGACAAUCAAUCACACCAAGGAUGGUGCAGCUGCACCUCAGAUUUUUGCCUAUUGUUUUGUAUUUCAGAACAAAUGUUUACAAUGCUGUUUACAACACUGUUGAUAAAAUGGGACUGGUCGGACCACAAA